GUAGUUGCGCACUUUGAAUGUGCAUUAUGAUUUACGCUUGGAUUACAGUUAACAAGCACCUUAUCAAUUUACGACUAGGUAAUUUAACUGGGGGUUGAUGUUUCUCGUCGUUGUAUUUGUAUGUGACGAAUACAACUUGCGGCGUUGUUAGGUGUGGCUGCUGCAUGUUUAGAACAUGGACCCGUGUAUAGUCUAAAUAGUAAGGAAACGGAUAGGUGCACCGUUGUUGAAUAUAUCCAGUGGGUAAUGGAUAAGGCCGUUCCUGCUGUAUAAAUACCACAGGGCUAUUCUGCCUGGUCGGGCCGUGCCGUGUCGCCUUUGGCCGGUCGGUUUGGUCCCGGCUUGUACCUAAGGGCCGCACAGGGCAGCUAAAUCCGAGCCUGUUUUCUUUCAUCAGCCGCUUACAAACAAACCCAAACAUUUAACGUUUUCAGUUUCACCGACUGUCGGUAUAUUCAGCAGCAAUCGUUCGCUUAUACUAGCUGUUGGUGACCUUGCAGGCAUGAUGCCCAGCCUUUAACUCCAGGCCUUGUCUGUCAGCCGGUUAAAAAUGCGCGAUCAGUCAAUGUCGUUUAAACGCACGUUACUAUAGAGAUGCGAGGCUCAUGCGACUGUCUGCGCUAAUGAUUUUUUUUAUCAUUAAAUUAAAUUGAAUAAAACAGCAGAGCAGACAGUGUCGCAACACCCUAAUCCGGGGUUAUGUACGUAUUUCUUAUUUCUCGCGGAGACUGCACAACUCGUCCAAAAAUAACGAUGAUCAUGGGAAGUGAAUUACUCGAAUGGCUGUAUUCAGUCAGGUGUGUGAGUGAAGUCAGGGCAACGGGCGCUGUGGUGCAUGGGACGAAUGUUCAGUAAAAUAUACUGUCGGAUAAAUUGGUAAAGAAUUUAGAUAAAAGCAUCAAGUAAGCAAUACAAAUAUUUAAAGGUUUAAAACAAAGAAUAUUAUCGGUAAAUUGCUGUUGUUAAUAAUAAUAUUGAUAUGAAUGAUAAUAUAUAUAAUGAUAAUAAUAAUUGUGAGAUUAGGAAGCAUGUGCAAAACCAUACUUCGUGUUUCAUGAAGGUGAGUUAUGGCAGGCCUUUCAGACAAGGACCAAUAAAGAGCAGUAUUUAGUUUUACUGUUAUACAACGCUGAAGGGGUGUGUGUUCAUGUGCUGCAACAGGAGCCCGUCCUGUGUGCCUUCCCCACAUUAAUAUCCCGCACAGGCUGGUGGGGGUGUGUGGGGGGGGGGUGGUUUCUCUGCGUGCAGGAGGGCAGGACUCUGGAGCAGUGCAAGCUAAUGGCAGAGUCAUAGAGGCCCCUGCGAAUCUGCUUUUGGUGUCUCGUCCUCCACCGGUCUGUGCUGCUGGAUAAAAAGGAGGCGAUGUUCCUGAGUUUGGGGACGAUCACUUGGUAUGUGCAGUGACUCCUGGUUCGGACAUAUUUUGGCCAGAAGAAGCAGAAGAAUAGAAGCUGCUUUUUUUUUUUUUUUUUUUUUGAGAGGUUGCAGAACGACCAAGUGAGAUGUCUUUGGUUUUCUCACGCUCCAACACCACCGCUGUUGGCAAGAAGGACAAGAGACUAAUGGCAGAGGUGAACGCUUCCCCCCUGAAGCACUUCGUCACGGCCAAGAAGAAGAUCAAUGGCAUCUUCGAGCAGCUGGGCGCCUACAUCAAGGAGAGCUCUACGUUCCUGCAGGAGACCUACAAAAAUGAGGAGCUGGACCCCAUCACCACGGAGGAGCAGGUGACGGAGGUGCGGGGAUAUCUCUCCAAGGUGGCCGGCAUCGGAGAGGUUCUGGCCCGGAGGCACAUGAAAGUGGCCUUUUUUGGCAGGACGAGCAACGGCAAGAGCUCUGUGAUCAACGCCAUGCUUUGGGACAAGGUGCUGCCGUCGGGAAUCGGCCACACCACCAACUGCUUCCUGCGGGUAGAGGGCACAGACGGCAACGACGCCUUCCUGCUCACCGAGGGCUCGGAGGAGCGCAAGAGCGUCAAGACGGUGAAUCACCUGGCCCACGCCCUGCACCAGGAUGAGCACCUGGAUGCCGGCAGCAUGGUCUCUGUCAUGUGGCCUAAAGCCAAGUGCGCACUGCUGAGAGACGACCUUGUGCUAAUGGACAGUCCCGGCAUCGACGUCACCACCGAGCUGGACAGCUGGAUCGACAAGUUCUGCUUGGAUGCCGACGUGUUCGUCCUGGUGGCCAACUCUGAGUCCACGCUGAUGCAGACGGAGAAGUCGUUUUUCCACAAAGUGAAUGAACGCCUCUCCCGGCCCAACAUCUUCGUCCUGAACAACCGCUGGGACGCGUCAGCCUCCGAGCAGGAGUACAUGGAGGAGGUCAGGCGGCAGCACAUGGACCGCUGCACCAGCUUCCUGGUAGACGAGCUGGGAGUGGUGGACCGCGGCCAGGCCAGCGACCGCAUCUUCUUCGUGUCGGCGAAGGAGGUGCUGCAAGCGCGGAUCCAGAAGGCCCAGGGCAUGCCGGAAGCAGGAGGGGCUCUCGCUGAAGGCUUUCAGGCACGGAUGUUCGAGUUCCAGAAUUUCGAGAGGCGGUUUGAGGAGUGCAUCUCGCAGUCGGCAGUGAAGACCAAAUUCGAGCAGCACACGGUGCGGGCCAAGCAGAUCUCCGAGACUCUGCGCCUCAUCAUGGACUCGGUGCACGUGGCAGCACAGGAGCAGAGGAUUCACUGCCUGGAGACCAAAGAGGAGCGCCAGGACCGGGUGGAGUUCAUCGAGAAGCAGCUAGACCUUCUCACACUGGACUGCAAGAACAAGAUCAGGUGCAUCACAGAGGAGGUGGAGAAGCAGGUGUCUAACGCCAUGGCAGAAGAGAUCAGGCGUCUCUUUGUGCUGGUGGAUGAGUUCCACAUGGACUUCCACCCCUCCCAGGUGGUGCUGAAGGUGUAUAAGAAUGAGCUUCACAGGCACAUUGAGGAGGGCCUGGGCCGGAAUAUGUCGGAGAGGUGCUCUUCUGCCAUCAGCUCCGCCUUGCAGACGACACAGAGCGAGAUGAUAGAGGGUCUGAAGCCUCUGCUGCCCCUGGUGGCCAGGGAGCAGGUGGACAAGCUGGUGCCCCGACAGUGCUUCAGCCUGAGCUACGACCUCAACUGCGACAAGCUGUGCAGCGACUUCCAGGAGGACAUCGGCUUCCACUUCUCCCUGGGCUGGACCAUGCUUGUCAACCGCUUUCUGGGGCCCAAGAACACGCGCCGUGCCCUCAUGGGGUAUAACGACCAGGUACCUCGCCCCCUGGCAAUCACCCCUGUUAGUACUAGCAUGCCCCCCUACCCCCAAGGCUCCAUGACCCAGGAGGAGCUCAUGGUCUCCAUGGUGACAGGCUUGGCAUCCCUCACCUCCAGGACGUCCAUGGGCAUCAUCGUCGUUGGGGGCGUGAUCUGGAAGGCAGUGGGCUGGCGGCUGAUCGCCCUCUCUGUCGGCCUGUAUGGUCUGCUUUACGUCUACGAGCGCCUCACCUGGACCACCAAGGCGAAGGAGCGCGCCUUCAAGCGCCAGUUCGUGGACUACGCCAGCGAGAAGCUCCAGCUGAUAGUCAGCUACACUGGCUCCAAUUGCAGCCACCAGGUCCAGCAGGAGCUGGCGGGCACCUUCGCUCAGCUCUGCCAGCAGGUUGACGUGACCCGGCAGAACCUGGAAGAUGAGAUAAAGGACUUGAACAGGAAGAUUGAGCUGCUGGAUGCCCUGCAGAGCAAGGCCAAGCUGCUGCGGAACAAAGCAGGCUGGCUGGACAGCGAGCUGAACAUGUUUACCCAGCAGUACUUGCGGCAGGGGCGAUAAGAGGACUAGUCAGCGGUCUCGGACCAGUUCGCAUACUGCAAAGAAGGCUCUAGAAAGCACUUUUUAUUGUUAAUUUCCACCACACCCCCACUUCUGUAAAUGUAUAAAUAUUUGUUUUUGUCAUCAUUUGAAGGAUAAUACAUUUUAUCCAUGCCUUUUAGAGGAAAAUAUUAAUAUACCAAAUACAAUUCAGUGUGGUAUUAAUUUCUCAAGAAAAUGCUUUUUCUCUGCCAGUUUCGUUACGUAUAAAGAUGCCUUUUAAGCUGUAAUAGGCUGAUGGAAGAAUCAGCAUAGAUGUAAAUACAUUUUUUGUUGUAAAACUUUAAACAUGAUUUGAAAUUUACAGCUGUAGUUGUAAAGUUUAUAAUUUAUAAUUACUUUUUUCAUGUCACUUGAAAAUAUUAAGUCUUGCUAUUAGACUGCACUGAUAUUAAAUAUACCUGCAUGCAGAAUUGCGUUUUUUUUCCCUUUUUUUUUUUUUUUUUUUUUAAAGAUGUAUCCUUACCCUGUAUUGCGGAGAUGAUCGCUUGAUUGAGCAUUUUAAGGAACAUUUGGCGUCGAUUUGUUUGAGAUCAGUGCACGUCUUAAGAUGGUAGUGAAGUCGGAGACAACACGCAUUGGAAACGUCAAUGCGCGAUUUGUACAAGCGGCGUCCGCCCUCGUGUCACGUCCAUUGACAUUAGUACAGCGUGUUUGCAUUGGUUACGUGUUACAGCGGUAGCGCUUCGGUCAUGUACGUAGCAAGGUAGCCUGGGUAGCUUGUUCAUUGUCGGAUUGUCAGCCUUAUCGGGCAGUCGCUUUUUUUAAAAGACGGAAAGACAUUAAGAUGGUAUUUAGAAGUAAAAGUUAUGCAUAUGGAAAAAACAUUUUCCAUGGGAAAGGGCACCGUAUUAAUGAGCUUAGUCCAGCUAAAUCUCUUUAAACCCCAUGUUAAAUUCCAAGUAAAUCGGUCAUAAUAUAAAUGAAUGGAUGUUACACGAUCACCACUGAUGUGUAAAGGGCUGCAAAACGGGUUAUCACGAUUAAUUUUUUUAACUAUAUAUAUUCGGUGAGCUAUUGACAAAUUACUGUUCUCUGUUUCAGGGAAAUCCGAAUAAAAUUUGACUCAACGCUUUUUCCCCAAGACUUGCUAAAUAGGUAGGCCUAUAAAAAUGGCCCGUUUCUGUAGCGUUCGUUUAUAGUAAAUCAACCUCAGCUCAAAUAUAUUUAAGGCAGGUCUGUGGCACAAAGCUUCAAGCUGUUAAAGUGCAGUGGUGGCUGUUUUUUUCCCCUCUUAAUGCAUCGGUGGUCUGCACGAAGUGAUUAAAAUUCUCCCGAAACGUCUUCAAGAUGAAAACGUGCAUUAAGUGUUGAUUGAUGUAUUUUUGCUUUUGGUAACUUUUCGCCAAUCAAUACCGAGUCUGUUCUGACCGAGUCACUGUCCAUGUAUGAUUGUAACAUGUAUUCAGUAACCAUUAUAACCAUUCAGUAACCCAUUAUAACCCAUUGCCUUGUCAUCCCAAACGUAAGGAAAACAAUAAAGAUUUAGAAACGGCAACUGGAAA